CUAUUUCAUAGUCAGCUUCAAAGGUUGAUUUCAUCCUAACAGUGUUAAGACUUUUUUUUUUUACCUUUUUCUUUUUUGGCAUUUUCUUUUCUGUUUUUAUUUUUUCUGUCUCUUCACAUUCGCUUUACUUAUGAAAUCAACCACUUCUAACGAUAAUAUCUGGGUAGCUGCUGGCGAUGGACAGUUAGAACGUGUGAAGGAAUUACUUGAAAAUGGAAUGGAUGCCAAUAUCAGAGACGAUUUUGGGUAUACUCCCAUUCAUGCUGCUGUAUCAUACAACCAAAAAGAAAUGUUAGAAUAUCUAUUGAAUCAUGGUGGAGAUAUCAACGUAGAGGAUCUGGAUAAGGAUACACCAUUGUAUGUAUGUGAAACGGUGGACAUGGCCAAGUUUAUGCUGGAUCGCGGGGCGGAUGCAUCACACAAGAAUAGCGAUGGUGUUACUGCGGCAUGGUCAGCUAACGAAGAAGGAUGGAAAGAGGUGGCUCAGUUCUUAGCCACGAUUACAGGUGAAGUCCUGGAAGAUGACCAACCAACAGAUGAUUUAGCUUAUAUUCAACGGGAAAGCGAUGCUCAACCAGACGAACAACUGGAGGAUGAAGCUAGUCAAGAAGCUUUUGCUCAACAAGUCGAACAAGUCAUGCGCAAUAUACAGGAACAAGGUGGUGUACAUGAUGAAGAGGAAUUGCGUGAAGUUGUCACCAAAAUGGUUUUAUCAGAAGUCAAACGAACUUUGCAAGAGCAACAAAAAGAUCAAUAGUCUUUUUUUAUUAUUACUUGUCAUUCUUCGAUAUUGGUUUACAUGUGUAGUAUAGUCUUUUUAUUUUUUUUUGUCAUUCAAUCCAUCUACCCCAAAUAAACAAAUGUUUUAUAUAUAUCGACUAAUCAAAU